AUGCCUGAAUACACAGCCUCCGAUUUUGUCUUUCACUUCGGCCCUCAGAACACCGUCUUCGCUGAGGUGCCUGGGGUAGACCGUACCUCUACAUUGAACAUCUCCAAAGAGAACCAGAAGAUCAUCGAUAAUGCAGAUGACAUUGAGGCAAUCAUACCUCAUGGAAGAUUCCCCACGGAUCCACAGCAGGAAUAUGACUGCAUUGUCCAAUGUGACAAGGCACUCUAUCAAUCUGGGAAAAAGCUAUUCGAUAUAAACGUCGAGACUUUCUGGUUCCUAGACGGCGGUCAAGACGCAGGUCUCCUUAUCACCGAUCACAAAACCACCCUCCUAGGUCCUGACGAGGUCUCCGCACACCUAUUCUCACGCGUACAACGCGACAGGAACCCUCCUCUUCAACUCGCUACAAUGGGUAUCAACCGUACCUGGCUAGUUGCCUACCAAACCGGAGGAAUCGUCUCAAAACUCCGUCCCGCAUACCCACGUCUAGCAGAUUACCUGCGUUACGGAAGUCAAGGCCAGAUCAUCUACGUGAGCCUGAGUCUCUCACAGCCAGGUUGCUUCUUCGCUGCUUGGAAAGAUGGUACAGUUGUAUACAAUUUCCCUGAAGAUAAGGAAGGGUGUACAUCUUGGAAGGACCUUGAUCGUCAACUUCGUGCGUCGGAAGGCUUAAAGGUUAGACUGGGUAAUGAACCUGAGAUUGAGACCUUGGGUAUUACUGAGGUUGCUGAGGGUUCUGAGGAGAACCCGCGGAGAGAUUCGAAGGUGAAAUCGCUGAGAACACCAAAAGAGACUCCGCUCGACUUGGACUUGAAGAUGGAGAAAGAGAUUUCUUCGGUUUCAUCAACGAUGAUUCUUAAGAUGGCCCCUGCUCCUCUUUCUGCAGCUCUCCUGACACCUGCACCGACACCUGUUCAAGAGCCUCUUCCGUCUCCGACUCUUUCGAGCAAGGAUAGCUGGUUUGAGGAUUUUAGUAAGAAUGUGGUCACUCGGGUUCGCGAUAUGGAGAUUCAGCAUAUCUCUCACGACCUAGUGGAUGCUAUAUAG